UUUACCUUCUUUUCUGCUUUGAUAGUGUACAUUUAGUGGUCGAUAUCUUUAGUCCAGAUUAAGUCGGAAUAUUCAUUCAGUUAUCAGUCUAUUCUCAUCACACCACACCUCAUCACACCACACCGCAUCGUACCACAUCUCACCAUAGCUCACUCGAAUCCAAUAAUCCUGAAACCAUCCCUUAUCAACACGCAACUUUAACAACUCUCCAACACCCACCUCCAUCUCCAUCUCAAUUUCCAUUCCAGCACCAGCCCCAUCCAACCACCAAAACCAUGCCCCCAAGCCUCCAAACCCUCUGGCAAACCCUCAAAAAGCCCUUCUCCUCCUUCCACUUCCCCAAAUUCAUCAUAACCUACCCGGAGAGUGCACAAACAGGGAACGGACCUGCGGAUUUCUUCUCCACACCCACCAGGACCGAGACUCAGACGAGGGAAUGGGAGCGGAGGAUGAUUAGACGAUAGAUUUUAUGAUGUGAAAAGGGGAAGGAAGGAGAUGAGGGGAUGAGGUUUAUAUGAAGUGCUGAAAGGCUGUGGAAAGGAAAGCAGAUCGCAAUAGGGAGAAAGAAAAGUGCAGGAAAGUACAGGAUGUAAUAGGAACGGAACAGAACACGAGGCGAAGAUUGGAGUUCAUCAACUAGGGAGACAAGGAAAAUUUGGGAUGGGGAUUAGGGAGA